AUUUCAUGCUGCAAUGUUGGCAACACGAAAUUUUGAUGGUUGUCAAAGUUAGCAUCGGAAGGACGUGACGUCACACGGGCCUUUUCCACACGUUUUCGUAGCGAAAGACAGCCGUGAAUCUUAGCACAGAAUGGGUCGUGUACGUACCAAGACGAUCAAGAAGGCCUCGAAGGUCAUCAUCGAGAAGUACUACACUCGAUUGACCAUGGAUUUCGACACUAACAAGCGUAUUGUCGAAGAAGUGGCCAUCAUUCCGACGAAACCACUGCGUAACAAGAUCGCUGGUUUUGUAACCCAUCUGAUGAAGCGCCUGCGUCACUCGCAAGUGCGUGGUAUUUCCAUCAAGCUCCAGGAAGAAGAGCGUGAGCGUCGCGAUAACUAUGUGCCGGAUGUUUCAGCACUGGAGCAGGAUAUCAUUGAGGUGGAUCCAGAGACGAAGGAGAUGUUGAAGCAUCUUGACUUCAACAACAUCGUUGUCCAGUUGACCAACCCGACCGCUCCAGGAUACAGCAAUCGACGCAACUAAGACCAUGCGAAUGUGUCUUGGGCUGUAUCGUUUAAGAUUACUGCACUGGAUUGGUCUUCUCCUGUAAUACUGUGUGUGUGUGUGUGGGUGCAAACUAACCAGAAUAUAGGAAAAACCAAUGUAAACCACCAAGCAGUGCGUUCGUAAAGGAAA